AUGGACGAUGAUAUCUUUGUCGAAGCUGAACUUGAUACAGCAAUUCAACGAGCAGAAGAUGCAGAGAAAGAAGUUAAAAAACUCCAAGAAGAAAAUUCAUCCAAAGAUGAUGAAAUCUCUUCUUUGCAAAGAAAAUGCGAUAAAUUAAAUGAGGAUUUAGAAGCAACAGAAGCCACCCUGAAAGAGACACAAACCAAACUUAAUGAAACUGAUAUUAAAUGCGAAACUUCGGAACGUAAAGUUACUCAAAUCACACAAGAUCGUGAUGAUAUGGAAAAGAAAAAUGAAGAAUUGUUAGAGAAGUACAACAAACUUAAGGCUGAAUAUGACGCAGCAAUGACUUCUAUUGACGAUUUACCAAGGAACAGAAUACUCAAUAACCCUAAUUUACAAGGCGAGCGUGGGUUUAUACCUGUGUCAAAGUAUGAUAUCGGUCAACUUGUCAUAUCUUUUAUUCAAUUAGGUUUCGUGGGUUUCCUGUUGGGUUGGAGACUAGAAGAAUAUGACGAUCCUUAUGACGAUAGCAAAAAAUAUGGUCUUUACUGGGUAAUUGGUGCGAUAGGUCUAUUCUUUUCAUGGUUUUAUAUUGUUACUUUAAUUGCAUGUCACUUUAUGACACGAAAAAAUCAAACUCAAUAUGCGUUCAUUAGGCAACUUCUAUUACUCUACGCGCUUUUUGCAAUAAUUUCAUGCGUAAAUCUUCGUUCCGUAAUUAAAUCCCCCCAAAAAAAUUCAAGUUAUGAACUAGUUUUUGCAAUAUGGAAUGCUACUGCAUGUUGCAUGUUAUUUGUUUUCUCCAUCAAAAGACCGAGAAAUCCUGAUUUGAAAUAUGCGAGAAAUAGAGUUAUAUCUCAUGAUACAAUUGCAUCACUUUGGUCAUUAACUACUUUCUCAUGGAUGACGCCAAUGAUAAAAUUAGGUAACUUGCGUAAUCUCACAGAAGAUGAUUUAUGGGAAUUACCUUCUAGGUGUCAAGCUGCUCAAUGUUAUUAUGAAUUAGAUCGAACAGCAAAUUUGGAUCUUCUCUCCCGAUUGUUAUAUGCCAAUGCAACAAAUCUUAUUCUUUUCCUUGUUAUCGCAAUAUUAAGAUCUAUUUUUGCUUUCAUUACACCUUUUUUCCUCUAUCGAUUACUUAAUUACAUUUAUUUAAAUUAUCCUAAUGAAUACACAGAAGAACCUUAUCUCUAUAUGUUUGGUAUUCUAGUUUCCGAACUUUGCCGAAUUGUUUUCUUGAAUCAAUUAAAUUAUCAAGUUGUUUGGCUUGGGAUAAGAGUAGAACAAAUGUUAAGUGUAUUGGUUUAUGAGAAACAAUUACGUAUUAAAGGGUCAUUACCGCCUAGAGCUGGAAAUAUUAGGACAAAUAAUGUUUUGACAACCGAUGUCGAUGAUAUUGCUGGUUUUUUCUCUAAUCUUCCUUUCUUGUUAACAAUUCCUCUUGAAAUUAUUGUGGCAAUUUCUUAUUUAUAUGUAUUGAUGGGAUGGAGUAGUUUAAUCGGUGUAGUGAUAGUAUUUUUUUUCAUUUGGAGCAAUAAAAAAUUUGCGAAACGCGUUGCAAGAUUACAAAAACGUGUAAAAAAAGCUCGAGAUGAAAGAGUUGGUGAAAUUUUUGAACUUCUUCAUGCCGUUCGUAUGAUAAAGAUGUUUGCUUGGGAAAAUAGUUUUCAUGAGAGAUUAAUGUUUUCUCGACGUAUAGAACUCAUCCAUCUUCGACGUCUUUUCUGGAGUACUACCUUUCUUACUCUUUUAGUACAUCUUACACCUUUUCUUGUAACAUUGUUUUCUUUUGCAUGUUAUGCAUAUUUUAUUAGUCCGCUUACGGCUGCUAUUGUCUUUACGAGUAUUACAUUAUUCAAUACAUUAAAACAGUCAUUACAACUUUUCCCGAAUUUAGUUGUUGAACUUGUUGGUUUAGGUGUAGCUGUGAGUCGAGUAGAAAAAUUUUUAAGUGAACCUGAACUAAAAAAAGAUAAUAUAGUUUUUAGUUUAGAUUCUACAAUCGGAUUGACGGGAGUUGAUGCCUCUUGGAACCAUAAUACGAAUUUUCGCGAACUUAAUAAUGACUUUUGUUUAAAAAACAUUACUUUGAAAUUUCCUAUAGGAAAAAUUAGUUUAAUAUGCGGUCAUAAAUUUUCCGGUAAAACCAUGUUUUUCCUAACUCUCCUUCGCGAAACCACAGUCACAAACGGUACUAUACAUUUUCCUACAUCUUCUGUGGCUUAUGUUCCUCGACAAGGAUGGUUGGAAAGUACAAACAUCCGAGAAAAUAUCUUAUUCGGAACAAAUUUUGAACAUGAACGUUACUGGAAUAUAGUUGAUUCAUGUGGUCUGACAAUAGACUUUGAGAAUAUGGACGAAGCCGAUUUCACGGAGUGUGAAGAUAAAGAUGUGGUUCUAACGGAUGGACAAAAAGCUCGUAUCUCGUUGGCAAGAGCGUUAUAUAGUUCAGCUCAAAUAUUACUUUUAGACGAUUGUUUAGCAGAUUUGGAACCCGAGAUGGCUCGACAAAUUAUCAAUAAUUGUCUAAAGAGUCCGUUAGUUAGUGGGAGGACUGUAAUAAUGUCAACAAAAUAUGCUAGAUAUCUUUUGGAUGUUGCUGAAUACAUUGUGGUACUUGGAGAUGGGACGGUUCGUUCAAAAGGACAUCCAGAAGAAGUGCAUGAAUCAGGAUUUUUAACUGAAGAUAUGCUCGGAAAAGAUGAUGAACCAGUUCUUGAUCAAGUUGACAAAAAUGAUCAACUAAUGAUUGAAAAAUCCGAUAAGAGAAAUUGGGCAGCAGAAGAAGCUCGCUCCCAAGGAAAAGUUCCGUUUAGAGUUUAUUUAUUCUAUUUAAAAUCUAGUGGAGGUUUAUCUCUUUGGUUUAUACUUGUUCUAUUAUUUAUUAUUAUUAGAGUUUUGACGGUUGGCGAGACAUAUUGGUUGAAAAUAUGGUCCGAAAAUGGAGAUCCCCCAAGUGAUCAUUCAAAUUUGGAAAACUUAAUAUUUUACAUAGGAAUAUAUGCUUCAAUUGCAUUUACUUCGGCUAUUUUUACAAUUAUUCGAAUGGCUUGGCAAUUUUUCGUUUCACUAAAAGGCUCUAGAACUCUAUUUUCAAAACUUCUUAAUUCGAUUCUGAGAGCACCUUUAAGUUUUUUUGAUACAGCACCUCUAGGAAAAGUUAUGAAUAGAUUUUCUAAGGAUUUAGGAAUGAUUGAUCAAGGUGUUGUUACCGUUAUAUCAAGCUUCCUUGGAAAUGCUGUGGGUGCGAUGAGCAUACUUGUUGUGGUGACGGCUGUUACCUAUGAAUUUGGAAUAGUCUCGAUUUUAGUUGAACUAAAACGUCUUCAAUCGAUGACUCGAGCACCAGUAGUUUCUUGGUUUGGUGACUCAGUCAUUUUGAAUACUUCAAACCGUACGACAUAUCUGCUUCAUAUGUCUAAUCGGUGGAUGUCAAUACGUAUGGGAAUAAUUGGGGCAUUUGCGGCAUAUAUUGCAGGAUACUUAAUUCUUAAAAAUCAUGAUCGUAUUAAUGCUGGAUUAGCUGGUUUCUCUCUUAGUUAUGCGCUUGGUUUUGUACAGAUUGUAUUUAUGUUGGUCAAAGAUUAUACAACCAUGGAAACCAGUUUGAGUAGCGUUGAAAAAAUCCAAGAGUAUAUUGAAAUGCCACAAGAGCAUCCAGCUGUUAUUACUAACGCACAUCCUCCAGCUGCGUGGCCAACCAAUGGGAACAUUGAAGUAUCUAAUUUAACAGUUCAAUACGGAGAAAAUGAAGAACCUGUCCUUCAAAAUGUUUCGUUUAUUGUUCAAGCUGAAGAAAAAAUUGGCAUAGUCGGAAGAACAGGCUCUGGAAAAACGACUUUGGCUAAUUCAUUUUUGAGAUUAACUGAAGCUACUGACGGUAAAAUUGUAAUUGAUGGGAUAGAUAUUGCCAAUAUAGGUUUAGAAGACCUAAGAUCUAGAUUAACAAUUAUAUCUCAAGACCCAAUUCUUUUUGAGGGAACCGUUCGAUCAAAUUUGGAUAUACGUGGCGAAUACAAUGAUCAUGAAUUGUGGGAAGCGUUAAGAAGAGUACAUCUCAUUCAUAUCGAAAGUCCUCCAAAUGGUCAAUUAUUAAUCAUUGGACCGAUAACAUCUCUCGAUGAUCCCGUCAACGAAGGUGGUAGUAAUUUCUCUAGAGGACAAAGGCAGUUGUUAUGUUUAGCAAGAUCUUUAUUAAGACAAUCAAGGAUUAUUAUUAUGGACGAAGCUACUGCAAGUAUUGAUAUUGAGACGCAAAAUAAGAUACAGGAAAUUAUAACAGAAGAAUUUCGACAUGCUACAGUUUUAAGUAUUUCACAUCGGUUUCAAAAUAUUAUAGAUUCGGAUAGAAUUCUAGUUCUUAAUGAAGGUUCCAUCGUAGAAUUUGAUACGCCAUACAAUUUAAUCAACGAUCCAGAUAGUUUGUUCAGGCAUUUAUGUGAACAAACUGGUGAAUUAGAUUCAUUAACAGAAAUGAUCAGAUUAAAUAAUUUAGAAGAAUAUGAAAUAAAUGAAGAGGAAAAUUAUGUAGAAGAUGAGGAAAAUUAUGUAGAGGAUGAAGAGAACGAAGUAUUACAAGAUAUGGAAAUAGGAGAUGAAACUGAUGAACAAGAAGAUAAUCGGACAGAACGUGAAUCUGAUCAAACGGAAACGGAAAAUGAAAUAGAACGAGAAGCCAAUGAAUAUGAUCAAGAAGCUAUUGAAUAUGAUCAAGAAGCCAACGAAUAUGAUCAUGAAAUAGUAGAACAGGAUGAUGAUCAAGAUAUAUCAGAAGAUUAUUAA